UUUAGUUUGUCCAAGUGGAGUUGCCGUACAACUUCCGCUACAGAUUACUUCCGUAUGCAGUUUGGGUAACCGCGACGUCAAACGCUGCUUUUCGUGACGAGAUUGGCACAAAUUUACUGGGAAAGGAUGGCCGGGACAGCAAAUAAUCCAUUCCAACGUAUCCUUGAGCCUCUGGAUCCCCAGGUUGCAAAUCAGCUGUUUUAUAAUCUCUCCAAACUUGAAGAUCCAAGAUACAACAGUUUGCCAUUCUCCAUCCGUGUCCUCUUGGAGUCGGCUGUCAGGAACUGCGAUGGCUUUCUGGUGAAGCAGUCAGAUGUGGAAAAUAUCCUCAACUGGAAGCAGACCCAGACGCAGACGGUGGAGAUCCCAUUCAUGCCAGCACGCGUCAUCUUGCAGGACUUCACCGGCGUACCUGCUGUGGUGGAUUUCGCUGCCAUGCGCGAUGCGGUGAUUAAGCUGGGCGGAGAUCCUGAGAAAAUCAAUCCCGUUUGCCCAGCUGACCUGGUCAUUGAUCAUUCCGUCCAAGUGGACUUUAACAAAAAGUCUGAUAGCCUCCAGAAAAAUCAAAACUUGGAAUUUGAACGCAACAGAGAGAGAUUCCAGUUCCUGAAGUGGGGUUCCCAAGCUUUCAGGAACAUGCGCAUCAUUCCGCCAGGUUCGGGAAUUGUCCACCAAGUCAACUUGGAGUAUUUGGCCCGGGUGGUGUUUAACCACGAAGGGUUUUUCUACCCUGACAGCCUGGUGGGCACCGAUUCCCAUACCACGAUGAUUGAUGGCCUUGGCGUCCUGGGUUGGGGUGUGGGAGGCAUUGAAGCGGAGGCAGUGAUGCUGGGGCAGCCAAUCAGCAUGGUCCUACCUGAGGUGGUUGGAUACAAGAUGUACGGGAGUCCGGACAAGUUCAUUACCUCCACGGACAUUGUUCUCACUGUCACCAAGCACCUCCGUCAAGUGGGCGUCGUGGGGAAGUUUGUGGAGUUUUUCGGGCCCAGCGUGGCUCAGCUGUCCAUUGCGGACAGAGCCACCAUCUCCAACAUGUGUCCAGAAUAUGGAGCCACCGCAGCUUUCUUUCCGGUGGACGAUGUCAGCAUCGAAUACCUCAAGCAGACUGGGCGAGAAGCACAAAAACUGGCCUACAUUGCAAAGUACCUGAAGGCCGUGUCCAUGUUCCGGGAUUACAGCGACGUAUCCCAGAAUCCAGAUUUUAGUCAGGUUGUCGAGUUGGACCUCAGUACCGUGGUCCCAUGCUGUAGUGGCCCUAAAAGACCCCAAGACAAAAUUCCUCUUUCAGACAUGAAGAAAGACUUUGAGGCCUGUCUGGGAGCAAAGCAAGGUUUCAAAGGCUUUGCCGUGGCUCCGGAUUCUCAGAGUGCGACGGUCCCCUUCCAGUUUGAUGGAAAAGACUACACGUUAAGCCACGGCUCGGUCGUGAUUGCAGCCAUCACCAGCUGCACAAACACCAGCAACCCGUCCGUCAUGCUUGGAGCAGGACUCCUCGCUAAAAAGGCAAUCGAGAAUGGGUUAAGUGUGAAGCCUUACAUCAAGACCAGCCUUUCACCCGGCAGUGGAGUGGUGACCUAUUACCUGAAGGAGAGUGGUGUUAUGGACUAUCUCUCUCAGUUAGGAUUUGAGGUUGUCGGCUAUGGUUGCAUGACGUGUAUAGGCAACAGUGGACCCCUCCCAGAGCCAGUGGUGGAGGCCAUCACCCAGGGCGAUUUGGUCGCUGCAGGUGUCCUGUCAGGAAAUCGAAACUUUGAAGGUCGCGUUCACCCCAAUACCAGAGCCAACUACCUUGCCUCGCCGCCACUUGUCAUUGCUUACGCCAUCGCUGGGACUGUCAAGAUUGACUUUGAGACAGAACCUAUUGCCAUUAGUUCUGAUGGUCGCGAGGUCUUCUUGCGGGACAUCUGGCCCACACGGGAGGAGAUCCAGCGAGAGGAGAGAAAGUUUGUCAUUCCAUCAAUGUUCAGAGAAGUGUAUGAGAAAAUUGAGAAAGUGAAUGAACGCUGGAACUCUCUGGUGGCUCCAUCCGAGAAAUUGUAUCCUUGGGAUGCCACGUCAACGUACAUCAAGUCCCCGCCCUUCUUUGAUGGUUUGACCAUGCAGUUAAAUCCUCCUCGGGCCAUAGACGGCGCCUACGUGCUGCUGAACUUGGGUGACUCGGUCACGACAGACCACAUUUCCCCUGCUGGGAACAUCACUAGAAGCAGCCCCGCAGCACGCUACCUCUCAAGCAGAGGUGUAACGCCACGUGACUUCAACUCUUACGGCUCCCGUCGAGGCAACGACGCGGUCAUGGCCCGCGGUACGUUUGCCAACAUCCGGCUGCUGAACAAAUUCCUCAACAAGCAGGCACCUCAAACCAUUUACCUGCCAACUGGGGAAGUGAUGGACGUUUUUGAUGCUGCGGAGAAAUAUGGCCAGUCGGGAGUCCCUCUGCUGAUUCUUGCCGGGAAGGAGUAUGGCUCCGGCAGUUCGAGAGACUGGGCGGCAAAAGGUCCACUGUUACUGGGCAUCAAAGCUGUUUUAGCCGAGAGCUAUGAGCGGAUCCAUCGGAGCAAUCUGGUGGGGAUGGGAAUAAUCCCGCUGGAGUAUUUACCAGGCGACAACGCUGAGAGCCUGGGCUUGACCGGAAGGGAGCGCUUCCACAUUGACAUCCCCGAGAACAUCACCACUAGGAUGAUUGUUGUCGUGACGCUCGACACAGGAAAUACAUUUAACGUACGGAUGAGGUUCGACACAGAUGUGGAACUGGCCUAUUUCCACCACGGCGGCAUCCUGAACUACAUGAUCCGCAAGAUGUCUGAGAAUUAACGUCUGAGAUACAGGGUUAUCCUAAUGAUUAGACCCUUCACGUAAAAUUCAACAAACCAUUCCAGUUUAAGUGAAUCGUUUGUAGAAUUGGCUGGACAACCGUUUCCUCCAUUUAUUUUGCCUUAAUUUUUGUCAUAUGUAUGUAUUUACAUAUCUACAUCCUGUAUAUUUUGCCAUGGGAGAAUCGCGGAGUAACUCCUUAGAUUAUUUUGCAAUAUUUACCAACUGACAAUAUGAAAAUACAGAUGUGUGCAAUAACUGAUGUCUCUUAGCUUCGCAAGUCAUGUAAGAGUGUCAAGGGGGAUUCUGUUUUGGAUUUGCAUUAAAUGGAUACUUGUACAUAACUUGUAAGACUUGACUCUCUGAGUAC